AUGACGAGCGCGAUUUCCCUGCAACAUCUGGAUGCCCGCGUUCCUGCGCGCUCCUGUCCAGCUGCUGGUGCCGCGCUGCUGCGCGCACAGCCGGUGAGUGACCAAGGCGCGGUUAAAGAGAAAAAGGGCAACUCGGGCUUGAGGCGCGCUGAAAAGCCCCCUUACUCGUACAUCGCUCUCAUCGUGAUGGCCAUCCAAAGCUCUCCGAGCAAAAGACUCACUCUGAGCCAGAUUUAUCAGUUCCUGCAGGCCCGCUUCUCUUUCUUCAGAGGGACGUACCAGGGAUGGAAGAACUCCGUCAGGCACAACUUGUCUCUGAAUGAAUGUUUUAUAAAACUGCCAAAAGGUCUGGGGAGACCCGGCAAGGGUCACUACUGGACCAUCGACCCGGGCAGCGAGUUUAUGUUUGAGGAGGGCUCCUUUCGUCGCAGACCAAGGGGGUUCCGAAGGAAAUGCCAAGCUUUGAGACCCAUGUUCGGGAUGGUGGACGGGUUCGGGUUUGGUGCGUCUGCGCUCCCGCAGAGCUUUGAUUUUCAAUCUUCAGGUUCUUUAUAUCACAGCCACCACCUGAUGGGUGGCGCGGUACCAUGUGGGUUUGAGAGACUGGGAGGGGAGCAUCAGGUCCCGCACACCUCAUCAAGCUCCGGAUAUAUGACGGCCUCUAACUCAGACUGUUACCCGGACAGCAGCAGCAGCAGCCCCCCACAGCCCCCUGCGGUGCGCCCAUCAGACACCCAACAUCAGUGUGCAGAUGCAGCUUGGAGCGCGCCUCCAUCCUCCUCCAUCACACAGCAGAACAUGUCGCCUCAUCCUCUGGAUCACGGGGAUUCCGCCUACAUUCCAGGGGAGUUGUCUCAGUUUUCCAGCCACUCAGCUGCUCUUGUGAUCGACAGGAAGGAACUGAUUUUAAACCUUAAUGGUAUCUCAUCCUUUCAUCCAAGCAGCGGAGGAUCCUACUCCCAUCAUCAUCAUCAUCAUCAUGAGAGCAUCUAUCAAGACAUGAAAUUAAAUGUGAUGUGA